AGGUCUGUAUGAGAGGUAAUUAUGGAAAGUUGCAACCGGCCCAGUUCAACCAGCAAUCCUUCCACAGACUUCAGGGUUCGCUAGGCCCAGUGGGACCAGCAAUGAAUGGUCAGGUAUACUUUGGAGACCCCUACCAGUACAAACAGUACCUAGAACUGAGACAUGCAGUGAGUCCCUUCCCUGGCCUCGCCCCACGACUCAUUGCUCCUCAGGCUCCUUCCUACGAUGUGUACAGUGCCGCCAGACCAGACAGGCUGAUCUUACCUGGUAACCCUGGUAAUCCUGGUAACCCUGGUAACAGGCUGACCUUACCCAGCAGUCUUCAUCCCGGAAUGGGUGCCAAUACUUGUGUCCCCAAUCUUAAUGGGUACAAAGCAACCUCCCUCCCCGGAUGCAGUAUUAUACCCGGCUGUGGCCCAAUAACGAUGGCAAACUGUGGCCCGUUCACCAGCUGUGGCCAGGUCGUCACCGGCUCUCCUGUCUACACCACCGGGCCGGUGAUGACGAGUGCUCCUGUAGCGACACCCGCUUCUCUCACCAUGGCAACACCUGCCCCUGUGACCACGUGUAGUAGUGACCAUGAUGAGCUGAACCGUGUUGGACAGGUGUUAUCACCUACACUCCUCAACAGUGCUCUCAAUCUCACCCCUCCUACUUCCAAUCCUACCUCGGUCCUAAAACAGGAAACUGAACCUGAGCUGCUUCUUCCAGAGAUUCCAGACUUUACAGACGACAUAUUCUCGACAGGAGUGAUGACAACUAUGAUGGACCCCGAGACACCACCUUGUAACCUUGACAACGCGAUGGAGCUAGACAUUUCGUCAGAAUUCGAACUUUUUCUGGGCUCCAAACUUAAUGAUCACAGUCUAGAUGAUUUACUAGAUCAGACACUUGAAGAGUCUUUAGAUUCGGAGAUUAGAACCAAAGUGGAAAGUCUAGAGGAUCAGAAACCGAUCCUACCCACCCCAAACACGACCCCCGUUAAAGAAGUACAAUAUACCCAGGAUUCAUUAGCCUUGCCUUCAAUAUCCAGUAGCCAGGAUAUCCCACUCUCUAUCCAAACCAUCCAGAAUGUCUCUACUCCAAUUCAAAUAUCAAACCUACAGGAGUCUCUAUCCAGAAAUCCAAUAUCGAUAAUUCAGGAUAAUUCAAGCAGAUUUCCUAUCCAAACCAUUCAGCCGGCCUCGUUAUCUCAUAUGCCAAAUAUUCCAAUGCAGAACCCACAGACGGCUUCUACAAGGCUUUCCCACUUCGACUUUUCUAAUGAUGCUGCCAGUUCCUUGAUGGAAAUGAAGGCUCGGUUCGAGCAGGCAACCUACCUAAGGGGCACACCUGGUACAUCUGGGGGGUUGAAACUGACAGAACCAACUCCGUGCUUAGACACCAAAGAGAUCUCCGGGAGGGGCAUUGUGAGGUCGGGGAAACGGACGAGAAAGGUUAAUAAGCAGCCUAGUUCGAACAAAAAACAGACCAAAGGAAUGCCUGAUUUAGGGUCUGAUAAUCAUCUGUUAGAGAAGGUGAUGCUGGACACAUUCCUUAAUAACGAGCAUAAAGCAGCAGACCAGUUCUUUGAUGAGACAAUGUUUCUGGGCGGUGUAAACAGCGGAGUUGGUGGAGGGAUAGCUGGAGGUCCAGUUCUGAUACCGAAACAGAGCUGUGUUCGUAACAUGGGCAGAGAUUACCAGCACCUCGUGAACUGCAACAGAAAGGACUGGGGAAGUUCGGAUGUGAGCGUGCGGAUCUUACCAAGCGGUUUUGCCGGAGAUAAACCUUUCUCAGAUCCAGGACCUCCACUUACUGACUCUUCGCUGCCCUCGUCAGGGUUAACGGAUCAGGUGGAUUUUGAGAAAGAGUUCCUGUUCUGAAAGUGUCUAUGAUCUGUACCCCACAAUACUGGUGAUCUUGUUACUUUGCUACCUCAGAUGAAGCCCUUUUGGCCCGGGUAUUCUGACGUUAAGUGGACUAUUUUAGCCAGGGUAGCUCAACUCCUGAAAUAAAGUGGACCGUUUGUAAAUGUUUAAUGUCAAUGACAUGUUUUCAGAAGAGACUAAGAUUAUUUAAUGAAUUGCGGCUGUUACAAGUAUGAUAUUGCACAUGGUUCAGACAGAGAAUGAGGCUGAAUGGCCGGCUGCCAGACCACUUAAGGACAUAUCUAAAAAUAUAAUAUGCGUCAUUAAGUUAUUAAAAUUUCAGCUUGAGGCCUCGUGAGAAAUUGGAUAGCUCAGAAAUUUAAGAACCAAUUAAUAGUAAUACGAAUUGUACACGACUAAAAACCACCAGAGAAGUAAAAACCUUUAGAACUUGAUAAAUCGAAAAGGUUAUUGAAAAGUGUAUAAUUUAUGAUUUUCAAUUCAAGUCACAUAUACAAUUUAAACGAAAACGUUAACAAAAAAUACUGGCAAUGAAGGGAUUGAUCUUCAAAAGGGUAGUACAGUCUAAGGAAGCGUAUUGUUUUUAAAGUUGACAUGUGUCAUAUUGGCAUUUCAGGAAUUUUGCAGAUCAUUGUUCGUCAAUUAGCUGGCGUCAAUAAUAUUUCGAGCACAUCUAUUUGUGUAAGUCAGCAUGUUAACUGGUGCUAAGGGGAUUAAUAAUCAAGAGGGCACGGUUUAUCAUAAUGGAUUAUGGAAGUCUAUUGUUCUUAAAGUUGAUAUCUCUGUUGGUAUCUCAUUGUCAAUUAAACAGUGUUUGUUCAUCAGCUGGCGUGGAGUACGUCUUGAGCACAUUUAUUUGUGUUAGACUACUGUCUCUAGAUUCCUGAAGUCUCCUUUGAUCUGCACUCUGCUGUUAUUCGACAAUGAUAGAAACAAUAGCGGUGCCAAUAAAUCUACCUGAUCUGUUAAUGCUCACUCAGAGAAAUUUUGAAACAAAGGGAGACAACGAAGCUACUAUAUUUUAAAGUUUAUUAAUAGGAGGCUCAGAGAAUUUUCGUUGAACUAUUCUACUAUUCGAGCGAGGGGCUUCAUAGUUUCUAAUUCGACCAAUUUAAAUACAUGGAUACCAUCAUCAAUCUCGGUGGGACACUGCAUCAGCCUGUCACUUGAUUACGUCAUUCCUGUGACGUCAUUCCUGUGACGUCAGCUACAGUCUCACGAUAUUGGUCCCACUAGUUUAAUUUGAACAAUCAAUAGGUAUUUGAAACAGUGGAUUUCUGUUAAUUUGGAUUAAGUAAGAGAGGUCGGAUGAUUUAUUUUUGAAUUCAACAUCGCUUAUGGCUGGUUAAACCUAAGAUUGAGCUCCAUUUUCUUCUGGCUAAAACUAAAAUUGAUGUGCUAGACGCCAUGAUCACGUGACCAAAAAUGAAGCAACUCUGGCUAAAUAUUAUAAUUACAUACUAGGUUGCUCACAAUUUGAGUUCCACUUCGAUGAACGCGAUACUGCGAAAAUGAAUCAGACCAUAAUUUAGUCCUGAUUAUGAUCAAAUGUAGCCUUUUAGUAUCAAAUUUUAGCAUUUUGAUAUCAAAAUUUUGCCUUUGAUAUCAAAAUUGAGCCCUGUGACGUCAUGGUUGUAACAGCAGGAUUUAAACGAACAGCCGUCUUGUGAGAUAUACGGAGGUUACAUUAGUUGUUUAAAGUGUAG